UAUAAAAUUGGACAAAAUAUAAAAAUGGAUCAUCUCUUUGGCUUGAAUUUGUAGCUAGAACACACAUAGAUAUAUAGAUAUAUGGACAACAAACACAUGAUGAUAUGAAACACAUGCCUUUGGCCUCUAAAUAAUGGCCGUCUAUUAAUAUUUUUUUCUUUUUUUCUCUUUCUUGUUCUCAUCUCUCCACUAUUUUUUUUUUAAUAAAAAUAUCUCCAUAUAUUUGUCUACUCUCUUUUCAUUCUUCUCUCAUCUUUCUACUCUCCCUCUUGGUUCUUUGAUGCAUUUCAAUCUUUCUAGCCACAAUCAUUCACUUCAGCAUCCACCGCAAAUCGAUCGGUAAAACUAAGUUUCCGACGCACUUAAAACUGAAUCUUCAAUUUUCGAUGUUAGUUUUGUGCUAAAACAGAUCUGGACCCACUGAUAUGCAUCUCUAACUAGGACUACCAAUCAACGGUUUUACAAUUUUUUUCCAACCUCCAUUUCACCCAUUUGUGCAAAAAUUUUACCCCAUUUUUUAGCUACAAAAUUCUCCGAUGGGGAGUGAUUCUGAAACUACCCUUCUUCUCGUUCCCAAUUCAGGCAAAACCAACAAAAUUCCGACCGAUACAUUCAACUUGACUUAAAUUACAUACUUCAUUUUAGGCCUGGGGGUCAUCCUGCCAUGGACCACCUUCAUAACGGCAAUCGAUUAUUUCUCCCACAUCUACCCCCAAACCCACAUCAACCGCAUCUUCGCCGCGGCUAGUACACCCGUGGCCCUCAUCGGCCUUGUUUUGGUUGUGUUUUUGGGUCGGAGGUCGGAGGCUCGAGUCCGGAUCAAUGUGGGGUUGGGCUUCUACGUCCCGGCCUUGCUGGUGGUGCCUCUUUUAGAAGUAUUCUACAUAAAGGGUCAGGUUGGGCUCUUUAACGGCUUCUACGUCACUGUCGGAGCAGUUGUUAUGUUUGGUGUCGGCGACGUGCACGUUCAAAGCGGCGUCAUUGGCUGUGCCGGUGAACUCCCGGAGAGAUAUAUGCAAGCCGUUGUCUCGGGGAAUGCUGGUUCUGGCAUUACGGUGUCGGUCCUGAGGAUGGUAACAAAAGGCAUAUACCCACAAGACACCAAUGGGUUGCGAAAAAGCACAAUCCUCUCAUUUUCUGUGGGAAUCUCAAUCAUAAUUGUGUGUAUUAUAUUGUACAACGCAGCAGCAAAGCUUCCCGUUUUGAAGUACCGCCUGAAUUUGAACAAUGAAGAGAAACAAAGAAAAGGUUGUGUAUUUGGGUCCAUAAGCAUAUCAACCUUAUGGGAAAUAUUAACCACUAUCAAACUCGUAGCAUUUGGAGAAGUGAUCAUCUUCGUGGUAUCUGUGUCGAUAUUUCCAGGGUACGUUACAGAGGAUGUUCAUUCGGAGAUUUUGAAGGACUGGUAUCCCAUUACUCUGAUUUCUUGGUAUUAUGCGUCUAGUCUAAUUGGGAAGUAUUUUGCUUCAGUUUAUGUGAUUAAAAACCCCAAGAUUACAGUUGGGAGCUGUGUGGCCAGGGUGUUGUUUUACCCACUCUUUAUUGAAUGCUUAAAUGGGCCCCAAUUCCUUAGAACCGAAAUUCCUGUGUCGCUUCUGACUUGCCUUCUCGGACUUCGCGGUGGCUAUUUAGACGCUGUUUGCAUGAUCUCCGCACCCAAAAUGGUGCCAUUUGAACAUGCUGAGGUUGCGGGGAUUUUAAUGGCCAUCUCCAUGGUUUCGGGUUUGGCUAUUGGCUCUGUUCUUGCUUGGUUCUGGGUCAUUUAAGUUUUCUCCUCUUCCCUUUUUUUCUUUUCUAAUAACAAGUUUGGUCUACAAAUUGAA